GCCUGGGCGGGGGGCCCGGCCGGGGCUGACGCAGGAGUCCCCGCGCACUCGCGAGCCCGCACACUUACUUUCCAGGUUAGGCGGCGGCCGUCGUCGCUCCCGGGAUCAGGGACAUCCGCGCCGCCGUGGGGUCGCCGCUGCGGCAGCAGAGAAAAUCAAAAAAGUGCGGCGGUCGCGCGGCUGCCCGCCCCUCCGCCCGCCCGCCCCCUGCCCCGGGGAGCGGCUCCCACCACCCCCGGCGGCGGCGGCCAACUUGCACCUCUACCCCGUGCCCAUGGUGCCGCCUCCGCGGCAGGCGUCGACACGGACUCAGACCCGGAGCCCCCUCUACUGCCCACAGGCCGCCGCCGUCGCCCUCUCAGCCGCCAGCCCGCCUGCCCGUCCAGCCCCAGGCUCCCGGGAACGUCAGCACGCCGCCGUCUCCGGACAAGCUUCCCGCCAGCCCCAUUGGUCGCCAGGAGAAAGCUGGCCCUCCCCAUUGGCCCGGCCCUCACAUUGAACGGGCCAAUGGGAACUGCGGUUUCAGGUCGCCAUAGAGACCGAUGCUGUUAAGCGUGAGAAGGCCUGGACAAGGUGGGGAGUGAAGAUGAAGGUGUGUCUGCCCUCCAGCGCUGGAGGAGGUGGGAGAAAGGACUACUAGGGGAUCCCUGAGCGCUGGCUCUGAAAUCUGGGGCAGGUUUGUUUGCCUUACUGUCAACCCAACUGUGCAUGGUCUGUCCCUGGCUUCAAAGGCAGGAACAGUCGAACCCCCAGAUUUAUCCUUGACAGUAAGAGCCCAAGAGUGGGCGUUUCAGUUUUCCAGCGUCUGGGGUGCCCGUGAGCCUUUGACCUUUGACCUUUGACUCCGGUGCCCCUUCUGCUUCUCCAGAGUUCACUGGUAUAAAUCUUGCCUUUUCAUAGAAAUUUUAAAAUCAACCUAUUAGUUUCUGUUUCUCAAAAAGCCAGCUUGGAGUUUGGAUGGCACUGGUGUUUCAUAUAACUAUAGGGAUCACUGGCAACAACAGCAAUGGAGAAGAUGAAGAGAGCCUUUGGAUUUGUGUAAGAACUUUCCCGGUCUCUUAAAAGCCAGAACUUCUAGGAUUUGAACUCUGACUAUGUGAAUCUGGAUAGAAAAGUCACAGAGCAGGAGUACAAGAAGGAUA